AUGGGGGACAAUGAGGAUCUUGAUGCUGCGACUGCCCCAAAUGUUCAGAGUUGCCUUUCAGACUCCACUGUGGAUAAUAGUGCCACUCAAGAUGAUUAUACGCUUCCCACCAUUGCACGCUCUCCAACCUGCGCCCGCUGCCGUAAUCAUGGCAUCAGAGUCCCGUUGAAAGGCCACAAGAACAGUUGCCAAUUCCAGGACUGCCAGUGUGACAAAUGCAUCCUUAUUCUACAAAGACGCCGUGUCAUGGCUGCCCAAGUGGCUCUGCGCAGACAACAGGAGAUGGAGCUGAGAAAGCAGCUUGCCAGUGGUUUGCUACAACUUCAGGACAGUGGACCACCAAACUCCCUCCACUUGGCCAAACCACUGAAAGGGAUGAAACCAUGCAGGGGAGGGACAGGAAAGAAGGAAAAUGAAGAACCCUUGAAUGAUUCAGAAGAUGGACUCUGGGGAGCUUCAGGACUCCUGAGAAGACAAAGGCGGAGAACUGCAAGGAAGGAAAAUUCCUGGUUACCUCUCUCUCCUUGUUCAAAAGUGACCGAGCUGCCCUGGGCCCUUGGAGGACAUCAGGCACCUCCUGCUUGGUUCCCACCUCCGCUUGCAAUGCCCCCAGCUUCCUUUUCCCCUUUCCUGCCUCAGGAACAUUCCUUUAAUCUUCCACCCAUGGAAGGUUGCAAUGGUAAUGAAGCUUUGUACACACCAGAGAGUUACCUACCUGCUCCAGGGCAGAUGUUUCAUCAGGUCCCUGGUGCCUCCUGGUGCCUCCCUCCAGCUGCUGACCUAUCGAGCCGCAUGGCUCUGAACCCCAUCAGUGGCAACAUGGAUUUGAACAGACGUUCAAAGGCUCCACCGUUGGGAGGAGGUCAGCCAAGCUCCUCUGCUCAUGUUUCAGUCUGGCCCACUCGAGGAUUUUUCUUCUCACCCCUUUCUGAACAACAGCUCCAGAAGGAGGCCGCUGAAGCCCUGAUGGUGUUAAGAAAUGCCCCCCAGUCUGGUCCCAUUCUUACUUCUUCAGGCCUCCUGCCCCCUGCCAACACCGUUCCUGCUCUCAUGGCCUCACCAGGUUUCUCCCGCCCUGUAGAAGCCAUUCCCAACCCUGCCAUUUCCAGUCCUUUCCACUCACAUCCCUCCUACUUCAUGCCUUCCUGUGGUCAGCAUGGUAUAAAGGCCUCUAGGGACAUAGCUUUGAAACGAGCCCAUCUACCUCCAGAAUCAGUCAAUGCUCAUGGCGAACAAGUUUCAGGACCCUUCUUCUUUCCAUUAUUCCAUGGUAGCACUCUUCCCCAGCAAUACAAAAAUGUCCGUCUCUUCUCAGUUGCUCCAUCUCGGGGGGCUCAGGUAGCAACUUCUCUAAUGGUUUCCAGUAUCCAACCUGUCAAACCUAACCUUAGUGGGGCUUCCAGUAUCAGCCACUACCAUUUUACCCCAAACUUGAGAACUUACCAUAGUACCUCAGGCCCCAUGCAAAAGACUGUCUGCUUGCCACAAAGCAUGGAGACUGGUUGGAUUUCAGAGACCAGCGUUGAAGUUCUUGCUCCAUCUAGCUCCACUCCUGGCAGUCCUCAGCUGCUGCCUUUCCGUGUCUCGCCAAUGGAUGUAUCUGUCACCGUGCCCCUACAACCCAGGACCCCAGUUGGGAUGGAACUGCAUAUGCUUCCUCCCAGUUUGUCUCUACUGAACCCCACCCCCUGCAUUGUAGCUCAGCCAACUUUCCCAGACCCAGUGCUUCUCCCAGGGCAGAUAUCUCAGCAGUGCCAACCACAGCAGAUUCAAGAAGGAAGGUGUUCCAGCAAAGGGCUCAGAGGAGAAGAACGUUGCAAGAGUCAUAAGAUGCCUGGGAGCAAGGAUGGAAAAGAUGCAAGUGAAGCAGGGCCUGACUGCCUGGCAUCCAAGCAAGCACACGGCCCGUCUGCCCAGCAAGUCCCAGGAAACCCACAGCAGCCGAGCCACCUCCACCUGGCCAACCCCUCCCCUUCUGUUUCUUUGAGCAUUGGCCAGAUGGGCUCCAUCUCCCUUCCCAGUGAGUCUUCUGACUGGGAGGCAAAGGACAAGGGUGGCCAUACAUCCAACUGCGUAUGUAGAAUCCCUUGAGAGGAAGGGGCGGCUCCGGCUGAAUAAGAUCCCAUUUCAGCCCAGGAUUCUGUUAAAAGGAGGUGGCUCCUACCCAGGGUUGCAGCCUUUGCAUUUCUUUCAUUCUGUCUGCAGCUGAGUUCCUGCAACUGCGGUAGCUUUAUUGGGGCAAUGCACAAAGACAGGAUCAUUAACAUGGUCAAUUCAUUUUUAACUAGUUCAGUGCCAGAUGGAAGGCAGAGUUUGUUUGACUUGAAGAAAUGUUAUAUUUUAGACCACAGCAAGUUUAUUUUUAGUAACAAAAGCAGUUUAUAUUCCUUUUUGAAAAGGGUAUUGACUUUCUACCAUUUGAACUAAAUCAUACUGAUAUGAUUCAUAAGCAAAAAAUGGGUUUAGGACAUAUUGAGAAUUUGAACCACUUACAAGACCUUGCAUUAUUGACUCAGGAGAAGGUACAUGCAUUGAAUUCUUGACCCGAAAG